AUGGGUACAACGAACGGAGCUCAGAAAAGUCGCGAUGUCCCGUCCACAACUCUUGCUUACCUCGAUCCUCAAUACUGGGAUGAGCGGUUCACUACUGAGGAGCAUUACGAGUGGCUCAAGGACUAUUCCCACUUUCGGCACCUCAUCAAUCCCAACUCUUCCGUCUUGGAGCUGGGUUGUGGAACUUCACAGUUGGGUGAGGAAUUAUAUAAAGAUGGCUUUACAGAAAUAACAUGCAUUGAUCUAUCUGCUGUUGCGGUGGAGAACAUGAAGAAGAAGUUACUGUCUAAAGGUCUUACAGAAAUUAAAGUUCUGGAAGCUGACAUGCUAGACCUGCCUUUUAGUGAUGAGUGUUUUGAUGUUGUUAUUGAGAAAGGAACCAUGGAGGUGUUGUUCGUGGAUAGUGGUAGUGGUGACCCAUGGAAUCCCCGGCUUGCAACAGUAACCAAGGUCAUGAAGAUGCUUGAGGGUAUUCAUAGGGUGCUGAAACCAGAUGGCGUUUACAUUUCAGUUUCUUUUGGCCAGCCACAUUUCAGGCGCCCUUUAUUUGAGGCUCCACAAUUCACCUGGUCUGUAGAGUGGAGUACCUUCGGUGAUGGAUUUCACUAUUUUUUCUACACCCUGAAAAAGGGAAGAAGGUCGUCAGAUGAUAAACAAUCGAGUGAUGAGAAGUUGGAGAGGCCAUCCAUAAAUCUGUAUCAAGAUGAAUUAGAGGGCGGGGACUUUAUUUUCCGAACCAACUUGGAUGAUCUCAGCUGCUAAAAACUGACAUGUAUUUUUUCUAUCUGAUUGUAUUUCAAAAGGGUGUCUAUUGUAGACUACUUUCAAAUUGUUAAUUGAUCAAUGUUCUC